AUGGAAUCUCGGAAAGGCAGCAACUGGGGUGACUACUAUUACCGAUCAAAACGACCAUCCGGGAAAAAAGCAUGGCUUCUCGAAGCCAUUCAUUUCAUCAACCAGUCUAUACCCACAUUUGACGAGCUUUUCGAUGAGGAGACAUUCUAUGUAUUUGCAUUUCUUGUGGUCGUCUUCUCUAUCCUAACAGCAAUUUUCCUAUCGAAAGUGGUUGGAAUCACUAUCAAGGAACAUAAUAUCGAGCUUAAUCGCAGCAACUGGGGUGACUACUAUUACCGAUCAAAACGACCAUCCGGGAAAAAAGCAUGGCUUCUCGAAGCCAUUCAUUUCAUCAACCAGUCUAUACCCACAUUUGACGAGCUUUUCGAUGAGGAGACAUUCUAUGUAUUUGCAUUUCUUGUGGUCGUCUUCUCUAUCCUAACAGCAAUUUUCCUAUCGAAAGUGGUUGGAAUCACUAUCAAGGAACAUAAUAUCGAGCUUAAUCGUGAUUGGGGUCGUCCCGAACCUGCGAAUCCAUUCCGAUUUCCAUGGAAAGUCAAAAGAGAUUGA